CUCUUAUAUUAAAAAGAACUUCUAAUCGGUAAAAAAAGAACUUCUAAUAGUUUUUCAGCCAAACACUCAACAACUUUUUCGAAAAGUAAUUUUCUAAAAACUCCAGCGAGAAGCUACUUUUGUAAAAGCUACAGCAGAGACAAACUAGCCCAUUGAUAGCCACAAAGCAGGCUGCUCUGUUUCUGGAUUAAGGAAGGCGAGAACGGAGAUGGUGAAGGAGAUGGAAGUUGGGGUCAAGGGUUGAGACAGUCGCACAACGGCGACACGGCUCGGCAGGAUAUAACGAGAUAGAUGUGGGGGAUUUGACCGAUGGAAUAGGGGAAAGGGUUGGUGAGUUUCUGGAUUUUAGGAUUGUCAACCGAGGUUAAUUUUGACAGGGGAGAGAGGAUGGGGAGCAUGGACGUGGUGGAGGCUGAAAAGGCAAAGAGCAUGGGGAAAGGGUGAGGAGCGGGGACAUAGCAGAGGCCGGAGAGGAUGGUUGGAGCAAAUGUGGGAAGAUGGGGAGCAACGGCCAACGACAACAAAAGGUGGAGAUCGGAGGGCAGGGGAGGAUGUGAUUCUCCCCGGCCAGGCUUAUUAAUUCCCUAACUAAGGAAUCAUGGGAGGUGACCGGGGAUCAUAAGUAGGAGACCCCCCCGGUCAAUGGAAGAUAAUCCCCGAUCGGGGAUCUGAGACCGGAGAUCGGGGCUAAUGAUUGAAUUUACCUUUUUUGUUUAGGAUUUUUUUUUCCUUUUUGGGUUUUUGUUUAAUUUUUGUUUCUCUAGCCUAUAUAAAGGCUUAAACUCGAGUUUUGUGGAAGAUUUUGAAGAAUAUUGAUUUUAUCUAGGUUCAUUAGCUUUUGGCUUGUAAGUUUUCUCUAUCAAUCAAGGUUUCCCCUUGAUUGUGGUCGAGAUUCUAUCCUAAUAUUGAUAGAGCCUUCUCCCAGGUGUGAGAUACCGCUUCAAUUCCACCCUAUCCCUAGUUUGAAACCUCGUUCUUAGAUGUGAGACUUUGUUAACUAUGAGUAACAAUUAUGUGCUCGUACGAUAUCAAAAUACCCCCUUACGAACCGGGUUGCAGACGAGUAUUCUUUGUCAGAGGAAGAAAUCCCAUCCGAAGAAAAAACAAUGGCAGAGCAGUAGGAUAAUGUUUCAGAACUAUAGCAGACUAUCAUGGCGCAAUUGAACGCGACAUUCAAAGUUCAAUUUGACCAGAUCAACAAGCAGAUGGAUGCUCUAUCACCGCCAGUAGUAGGGCGUUCCGACUGGAACCGACCAAGCCCUAGAUGCAAGGAUUCAUCACAAUAGAGCCCAAUCGACGCGUCAAAAACACGAGUUUCAUGAUUACGGUGGAAGACCACCAGAGGUAGGACGCGAAGGUACCAUUGCUGAAUUACGAGGGGAUCAAGCUUUCACUUACUUCAAUUCAAGGAUCUCUUAAUGCUUCUGGAUACCUUGAUUGGGAGAGGAAGAUCAUCAUGUUCUUCCAAUGUGGCUAUGACAUCGAACAACAAAAUAUACUACUAGACACAUAUGAAUUCACUGAUUAUGCAGCUACAUCAUGGGAGCAUGUACAACUCAAAAGAAGAAGGAAUUGGUAGCCGAUUUUCACAACUUGGGCUGAAUUGAGAGGGCUCCUGAGAGAGAGGUUCGUGCCAAGGUACUAUCAAAGUGAACUCUUUGAUUCCUUUAAGGGAAUUUGGCAGGGAGCACGAUAUAUUGAGGAGUACUUCAGGGAGCUUGAAUUGCUCUUAAUGAGGGAGGAUGUGAGGGAAGAUAAGGAAGCUACAAUUUUUAGAUUUCUCCAUGGCUUCAAUCUGGAAAUUAGGCACAAAGUUGAGCUUCGUCAAUUUUUGGAGCUGGAAGAAGUGGUUCACCUAGCCAUUAAGGUGGAAAAGUAGACGAAGGACGGUUCUUAAAGAAGGUAUCCACCUGCAACUAAACCAGUUGCAGAGAACAUGGGGGAGGAGUCAAACCAACAGAUAGAAACACUGCUCCUUUAUUCAAGCCAGGUCGGAAGGAUCAACUAGAAGCAUCCAAUGCUUCAAAUGUCUGGGUCGAGGUCACAAAGCAAACCAAUGCCCCAAAAAGAAAACUCUAAUUCUGCGAGAUGAAGAAUACUUUUCUGAGGAGGAGUAUGAAGAGAAGCCAAUGGGGAAGGGAAUUGAUUCUAAUUCUGAUGAUGAUGUUGAUGAGCACAUCACUUGUGAAAUUCCUCCAACAUGAAGUUUCUUGGAGUCAAUCAUAGAGUGCUCUCCCUUGAACCUCUAUCAGAACAAGAACAUCGAGAUAACCUAUUUCAUACCCGCUGCAUGAUGGACGGAAAGUUAUUGUUUGUGAUGAUAGAUGGUGGUAGCUACACCAAUGUAGUGAGUCUUGAUGCACUUAAGAAGCUGGGUCUGAGCACCAUUAAGCAUGCACAGCCUUACAACCUUCAAUUGUUGAACGACUAAGGAUCCAACAAGGUCAAUAAGAAGGGCACGGUUUGAUUUCAAAUGCUGAGUAUGCAGAUGAAGUCCGGUUUGAUGUUGCUCCAAUGCAGGCUGCUCAUCUCUUAUUGAGUCGUCCGUGGCAAUAUGAUUGUGGAGUUACUCACGACAGAAGGCAGAAUAGCUACCGGUAGCAAACGCCAUUUUUUGGGAUGAAUGCUUGGUUCAUAUUGAAAGAUCUUGAAAAGUUAUGUGGAAUAAUAAAAAUCGCUACAAUCGGAUAACCGAGCGCAAAGUUACGUUCGUUUGAAGUUUCAGUGUUAGGUCAGACAUUUAUCGCAGCCGUCAACCGCAGUGAUGCAUUCACCACUUUCGUCUUCUGCGGUGAAUGCAUUCAAUGCAAUUGACAACCGCAGCGAUGCCCAAACAUGUGUAUUUUGAGAUUUUUUCUAGUUUCUCCCUCUCCAUAUCUAAAACUCCCUGUUACAAAGGUCAAUCUAACAACAAUGCAAAGAAAUCCCAAUUACGCCCUUGAUAGAGAUGACGCCGACAGUGGUGAUACUAACACUGGCGGCGAUUCAAGGACGGUGGAAAACUUCACACCUCUAGCCCAUGUGAAAUCCAUAACGAGCACGUCAAACUCAUAUGUCAGGCACUGCGUCAAGCUCUGUCGAAGCUCUCCUUACUGGCAUUCCCAUGGCUCGGCUCUCGUCAUUAGAUCUACCCUUAUCAGGUAUUAUCAUCUUCUUGACAUCACUAGGUGAACUUUUCAUUUCUUCUCACUGAAUUUAGACUUGGGUUUGUGUCUAUUGUCCAAUCUCCGUAAAUGUGGAGACUGUGUGUUCCGCUGUUUGUCAUGCGUAGUUGCGUACAUGGUGUUCGACGUAAGUCCUGAAUGAAGCUUUAGGUGUCUACAAGGAGAUUUCCAAGUUCGGAGAAUCGCUGCAAGACAAGACCACCCAAAUGGAUUAUAUGUUUCUUCUAGAUAAUGUCAAUGUCCCCGCUGCCCUCGAAAGUUCUUCCCUAGCUCGUACUCUGCGAGUGAGCUCGUUUUUCAUGAAAAAGCUUUCACAAGUGCAACCCACGGAAUCCAUUGAAGCUAUUGCCUUAAUGAGAUUCUCCACCAGCUACUUUGUCAGCUGUUGAUUUCCGCAAGUGGUUCCCAUCUCCUCAUCGAAUUCUCGUCCUUGAAGGGAUCGAGGUUACAAUCUAGUUUUUCCUACCUUGUUGAUGGCCUGAAUAUGAAAAACCCAUCUCCAACUCAACAAGAUUCGUUCUGUUUUCUACAUGAUGUGGCAAUCUUGGCACAUUACUCAGAUCAUCAGUGGCUUUCAAAUGAGUAAGCAGAGUGAAAGUUUUCUCCCUUUCUUAUGUCAAAGCUCUUGGCUCUCACGGGAAACUACAUAUAUAUAUAUAUAUAUAUAUAUAUAUAUAUACAUAUUGUUAAACAGGGUGGAGUUUUCCUACUUCCUGGUGUUGUGAUCCAUUCAAUGACAAAGGUUUGCGAGCAAGCCGGGGAGCUUUGUUCCAAGUUCCUAUAGUUUCUGGCACCGGGCAUCAUCUUCAAUAUGAGACUGCUAGCCGGCCACCCGGAUAUGUCACGAGGAAGAUUCUAGAAGGGUGUAGGCACAUGCAUGCAUCUCUAGAUUCAUGCUUCAAUGUACAUACAUCCCCCUCAUUUAUUACGAUUCAUGUAUGAGUGCACAUGAAUUCAACUAAUUUACUAUCAUUCAUAUAUGGGGCAAGUUCAUGUACGGGGGGGACUUCUAGGUUCGUUUAUUUAUGAUGCACACAUACAUUGUACUUAGUGGAGAGGAUACCUAUAUAAGCAACCCUCCUCAUUUGUCAUUCAUCCAGAAAUAGAGAGUUCCCAUCUAUAGAGUUUUCUUCAACACUUAUGAGUUUGAGUGAAUACGAGCAAGACUGAUUUAGCGUUCUAAUGAGAUUUGAGUGCUAAGUGUUGCACGGUCAAGAGUUGGUCCGUGACAGAUCAGUAUCCCAUCUAUCUCCAGGACUCGCUGAUUCUCUAUCAGAUGUCCCGCUGUGCUUGGUUUUGGGCAACGAGGGAUGCGAGCUGGUGAUCAUACCAAUGGCUAGAGACUUCGAGUCCCUCAACGUUGCAGUUGCAGGGGGCAUAUUCCUCCAUAUUCUGUAGCCACAUCUAUAAUGUACUUCAUAACUGUUAUUCAUUGAAGUUUGCUAGUCAAAAAGAUUUUUUAUAUGAUUAGAAGUGUUACAUAUGGAUGGGACCUUUCUCCUCCUCUUAAUAACCUUGAAUAGGAUUGAAGUUUGGGUUAAUAUUUUCCUAUGGCCUGAACUUUAACCAAAAUAAACAUCCUGGCCAAUCUUUUUGAUCUAUAACAUUCUGGCCCGAACUAUACACAAAAAUAAACAAUUUGGCCAGAUCCGACUUUUGAUCGUUAACUUGGACGGUCAAACGCGUUGACCGUUGGUCAACGCGCCAUGUCACUACCAAGUUAGCAUAAAAUAUUUAAAAUAAU